CGUAGCUAGCGUUUACAUAGCUUUGUUUAGGAAGCUAAUUUAGUCUCACCAACGCAGUACGUUGUAAUGAAUGCAAAUUCAGAAGCUUAAAAAGAAGCCCCUGGCUGUAACAAUCCUCUUUUUUUAAUGAUCAGAGCCAUAAAGAUAGUUUAAUCUGAAUAAACACCCAUCUGAAACUAAAUUACAAUCAUGUAGUUAGCUAAGGAAUGUAAGCGAGUGAGUUGCAGACGGUGCAAGCUUGAACUGAGCACGCUCAGGAGUGAAUGAAUCCCCGCCCAUUCUCACAUUGCCACGACAACGAUGACAAUGGAAGAGAUUAAGAACGAAGCAGAGACGGCCCCAGUGGUUUCCAUGUCGCUCUACGCCGUGAUGUACCCCGUGUUUAAUGAGUUGGAGAGAGUGAAUCUGUCUGCAGCACAAACCCUAAGGGCUGCUUUCAUAAAGGCAGAGAAGGAGAACCCAGGUCUCACACAGGAGAUCAUCAUGAAGAUCUUGGAGAAGAAGAACGUAGAGCUCAACUUCUCGGAGUCUUUGUUACGCAUGGCUGCAGACGAUGUCAAAGAGUACAUGAUUGACAGGCCGGAGCGAGAGUUUCAGGAGCUGAACGAGAGAGCUCGAGCAUUGAAACAGAUCCUCAGCAAAAUCCCGGACGAGAUUAACGACAGAGUCCGCUUCCUGCAGACUAUCAAAGACAUUGCCAGUGCCAUUAAAGAGCUGCUGGAUACGGUCAACAGCGUCUUUAAGAAAUACCAGUAUCAGAACCGAAGGGCACUGGAGCACCAGAAGAAAGAGUUUGUGAAAUACUCCAAAAGCUUCAGCGACACUCUGAAAACAUACUUCAAAGAUGGAAAGGCAAUAAAUGUCUUUCUCAGUGCCAACCGGCUCAUCCACCAAACCAACCUGAUCCUCCAGACCUUCAAGAUGGUUGCAUAGGAGAUUGAUUCUGCCUUCAUUUCUUUCUUUCAUUCUUUCUUUUUUUUUUUUUUUAAAUUACAAUAUAACCUUCACAUGAACAUGGAAAAA